CUGAUCAACAACAUGAUGGAGUGGUUUCGACUACAUCAAUCAUCAUAUAUUGCCAGCAAGACUCCUUCGGUGCGGUUUCAGUUGCAGAAUGAAUACACCUCCCGCUUGUCUGCUCUGCAUCAAGGCGUUCCCGUAGUAGUUCUCUCCUUUCAAGACGACGACGACGAUGAUCAUGAUCAUGAUGAAUCUCACCCCGUCGACCGCGAGUCUGUCGAGGCAAGAUUGCAACAGUUGCUCGCUGGAGACGACGUGAUAUGUCCCGAGUUUACCAAGACGAUUCUGCUCGCAGGAGUCACUGAAGAAAUCGAUUUCGUUAUCAACGGGAGCGAUAUCUAUGCUGUGGAGAUGGCAGUCCCCUUGAGGAGCGGUCCAUACUAUGCCCGCAGUUCUCAUCUCCAUUUUGUCUACAAGCUACAAGAGGACCCGUACGAAGCGUUCAUGAUGGGUGUUUUGCCUGAUAGCGGAGAUCACGAUUCAUUCUGCGAAGUAUCCAAAGAGUUCAUCCCUCUCCCCUCUCGACACUACUUCGAUCAGCCGUCAGACGAGAAACCGCUGAGUGGGAAGAGGAUUGGAGUCAAAGACAUCUUCGACCUUCGAGGAGUCCCCACCAGCGCAUCCAGUCGAGACUACAGUGCCUUCUACGGCGCAGCAGAUUCCACUGCCCCUGUAGUGCAGCGCCUCAUCGACGCCGGAGCAGUCAUUGUCGGAAAGACGAAAACGGCUCAAUUCGCCUCGGGAGAGUACGCGCACGACUGGGUGGACUUUUUGUGUCCCUUUAACCCUCGCGGUGAUGGCUACAUGGAGCCUGACUGUAGCAGUUCGGGCAGUGCGGUCGCUGCAGCAGGCUACGACUGGCUUGACUUUGCCCUGGGAACAGACACUCUGGGAAGUAUCGUAGGUCCCGCGGCGUUACAAGGCGUCUUUGGCAUUCGACCCACGCACGGCACGACCGAUAUGACCGGCAUCCUUCCCGUGUCUUCCUUGCUGGACACGAUCGGUCCUUUCGCGCGCUCCAUCACUGAACUGCGGCUCUUUGCUCCCGUAUGGUAUGAGGACCACCAUAUGAGCUCAGACUCUCCCAUUCGACUCCUCUGCCCGACAGAGUACUUUGACGCUUGGCCCGCUCCCAAACGCCAGAUCAUGAACGCUUUCAUAGACGAUAUGGAGAAGCAUCUCUCCGUGACUCGGACCGCCUAUGACUUGCACGAGGAAUGGAAACUUCGUGCACCAGACGACUGUGCGCGUUCCCUCGAGACGCACUUGGACAAAGUCCUCGCAUACAUCCAACUCUACGACUCUUACCACAAUCGAAUUCCCUUUCGACAGGACUUUCAGCGCGCUCACGGUCGUGAACCCUAUGCCAAUCCGAUGAUUCGCUUCAAGUGGAGUCUAGGCGAGAAACUCUCCAAAGAAAACGAAUAUGAAAUUGCUUGUGCGAAACGUACAAAGUUUCGAGAAUUUCUUCGCGAGCAUGUUUUUGAUGAUGAUGAUGAUGAUGAUGAUGAUGAACAACAACAACAUCAACGACGACGUAGAACAAUCAUGAUUCUUCCAGCGGGUUCGCCUGAAGUGAGAUAUCGAGAUGUGGAGGAUGAAAAUCUCGAAAAGAAACGUUAUCGCUUGCAAGGCUUCCACUUCUCUCCCGAGCACAUUUCUUUUGUGGGAGGUGUACCUGAGUUGGUUAUUCCUGUCGGCCAAAUCCCCGCCAUCUCUCCCGUUACCGGCGCAGAAAUCUUCGAGCCCGUCUGUGUAGCGAUAUUGGGUGCUCCUGGAACAGAAUGCGAAAUGAUCCGACUUGUUGAACAAGUUUUGAAAUUAU